AAUCAUCCCCAACUUCGCGCUCUCUCGCUCCGAGAGUGACCUAACAGAAUCACUCUGAUGGCCGCAGUAGGAGAUCCACCGACUCGAUGCCUCGCUUCGUACGCUGAGAUGAUACUGGCCGCGAUCUCGGCGCCCGGUGGUAGGCAGAGGAGCGAGUUGGCGAUCCCCGAGUACAUCGACUCCUCUCACUGCACGCCUCUCUGCUGGCCGCCCACUUGACUCCGAAAACCGAAGCCCAGGCUCACCGUCCCCUUCGAUUCCGCCCCUUGUCGAACGUGGGCGGCCGCCACGGAGUCGGGGAUCUUGAUGCUGAUCAUUUUGGUUAUGGAAGCAAGCCGAUGAGAAGGGUUGGGUUGCAGGUCGUGGUUUCCUUUCAUGUUUUGCACAAGCCAGUAAGGGGUGAUACUGUGCACAUUGAUCCUUACUUCGGUCCUUUGCUAAGACUCUCAAGCAUUUGCCAUUGAAUGAUCAUGAUCAUGGGAUUAAGGCUGAGGGAGCAUACAAGAGAUGCAAUUAUACUGGCAUCAGGAGAAGAAUCUGAGGAGACGUGGAUGAAGCUGAUGCUUAUAAUACUAGAAAUGAAUGUAUCAGAACAUUGGACAAUCUAGGGAUGGCAGAUCCAAAGCUUGCUGGCACAAAGAUGUGUAUGUUGAGAUCCCGAAUGAAUUGAUGAGAGCCUCGAGGAGACAAAAGAUGAGGAAGAAAUAGUUUGAAUUUUAUUUUAUUUUAUUUUUCUCUUUCUUUUAUUGGUAAUGUUGAUAGAUAGGAAAGAGAGGAUUCGAUCAGGCAAGAGACCGGAUUACUCGGGAUGCUAUGGAGUACACAGGGGAGGAGCGAGUCUACAAGAGGAGGACGAAGGCACCAUCUUUGACCCACGUAAAGAAGCCAAAGAAACAUGGACGUCGUCUUCGAGACAUCCACCGGCAGGUACUUCACCAUCGAGAUUGGCUUCUUCGACACGGUCCUGGAGAUCAAAGAGAAGGUGCAGAAGUAUCAAGGCUACCCCGUUCCCACCCAAAAGUUCGUGUUCCAAGGCCAAGAGCUCGCCGACGACCGCGACACCGAGCACUACAACAUCCUCCAGAACUCCCGCAUCCAUCUCGCGCUUGCAGCAGACGCCGCCGACGGCAAGCUUCCGGAGAACGGCGAUGGCCGCGCCCGCAUCACCGUGGCCGUGAGCACCCCGACGUCGCGGCGGCAGCUGACGCUCGAGGCCGACGCGGCCGACACCGUGGCUCGCCUCAAGGAGCGUGUCCGCGACCUCAGCGGCGUCCCCCCGAACCGGUUCGUGCUGUUCCACGGCGGCGUCGAGUUGCAGGACCACCGCAGGCUGGCCGACUACGUCGUCGCCGACCACUCGAGGAUGAAUCUGGUGAUGCGGCCGUCGCUGGGCACCAAGAGGCUGAGGCUGAUGCUGCUGCCGAAGCACGGCGCGAAGACGAUACCAGUGGAGGUGAACGCGUCGGACAACGUGAGCGAGCUGCGGAAGGAGGUGCAGAGACUGCAUGGCGUUCUUAACUUCGAUUUGCCACCCGAAGGCUAUUUCUUCAUCUACAAGCAGAAUGCCAUGGAGGAAGAUAAAUCAUUCAGAUGGCAUGAUGUGAGACCAGGUGAUACGAUUGAGAUUUUUCAUGCAAGCGUGAAGGAUUCACCUUGAUGGAUGCGUUUGUUUCAUCAUCCAUAUGCCCAAAAUAUAUUAUGACAAUAUGAUAUCAAUAUGUAAAUUUUGCUAAUAAAAUCAGCAACAAUAUUUAG